CACAUUUCAAUUUGAUUGGUUUAUUUUUAAACCUACAUAUAACAUUAUUGAUUAGUUCAUUGUAACCAAAUUACAAAAAUAAAUAAAUAAAAGAUGGUUUAUUUGAAAACAUCAUAAAUGACUUGUAUCUUUACAACAACAACAAAAAAAAAGAAAGAUUUAAGAAUUAAAAACAAAAAAAACAAACGAAAUGGGAUCCCAUUUUAUUUUUCUCAUUCUGUGAUCAAUGAUUAAAACAUAUUACUAGAACAAUUGAUAUCAAUAUUAUUAGUGAAGAUUUUCAACAACAACAACAACAACAACAAAAAAAAAAAAAUAAAUUAGACUUUCACUAAAAGGGAAAUCUAUAUUAAGAUUAACACAGAUUCAUUAACUUACUAUCUUUAUUAUUACUGAAAAAUUAAUUGAAUCAAUGCAUUAUUCAACGAAACAAUUUGGAUUAUUUACAUUUAGUAUUAUUAUUAUAUUACAUUUAUAUUUAUUUAAAGAUGAAAUAAAAUUAUAUUUUAUUAAAUUAUAUAAUAAUCAAUUAAUAAUAUUAUUUAAUAUAUAUAAUAAUUUAAUAAAUGAUUCAAUGAUUAUUAUUUAUAUUACUAUUAUUAGUAGUAUAUUAUUGAUUGGAUUAAUUAUUUAUUGGAUAUUAUAUAAUCAAUUAUUAUUUAUAAAAUUAAUAAUAAAAAAAAUUUUAAUGAAAUUAAAAUUAUUAAAUUAUCAAAAUAAACAUAAAAAAAUUGAAUGA